UUACGAUGCUGGGUAUUGUGGGUAGAUAGGCAAUAUUUUAUUAAUAUAUUAUUGCUUCAAAUGGCGAAAGAAUCAUCUUCUGCCUGAUAAUCAUUACAAGCCAUACUUGGCAUUUAGAGAUCCAGGUCAAAGACAACUUGUCUAAAACUGCGAUAAGGUGGCAUGGGUCGAGUUAUUGAUGUGAGGUGGAUCUAGAAAAAUGGUUAGUGUUGACCCUAAUCGGUCCAACUUCUAACUUGAGAUUGAUGUCGAGCUCUAGUAGAGUAAUUGAUGUCAAAAUUGAGGAUGCAGAUAACUCCGAAAAAGAAUCGUAAAGAACGGAUUGGUAAGUAACAUGAAGUGGCAGCGACAGCAAGAUCUCGGCAAGUGAAAAUCAGAUAUAGAAAGAUUUCGGCAAUAUCUCAAUAGGUUUCGAAUUUAUUCUUUUCGCGAGAUUCGAAGGGAAAGAGAGGGAAGAGGUCAAUUGUGCCAUUAGAAGAAUUAAUAGCUGCCUUCCGUUCUAUCCCCUUUAUCUUACGUGUAACCAGCCUGUAGGUGGACUGUUUUUCCCCUACAGCAACAGGACUGUUGCAAAGUGUUUCUCUUUCCAUCAAGUGAUAUCUGAAUUAUUAUACAAGUAAAAUCAAACAUUAAAGCGUUAAGAAUUCCAAUAGAAUGCUGCCCAAUCGACUAAAGAUACCGGAAGAAAUGAUUAAAUGGAGGAACCCAAUUUCACUCGCUUUGAUGCUACCGUAUAAAAAUGGUACACAUGUAGAGGGGAGGGGGACACGUCCUCCGUUCGAUGAUACGGUUCGAUUGCUUCUGUGCUUCCCUCUGAGUUAUCCACUUUGGAUGGCUUCGCCGGAAAAUAGAAAAUGAGAACUGAUUGUGCGUGUGACGGGUGAGAAAUCGAGAGAUGGGAAGGCUAUUUGUGAUCACUCUUGAAGGAAGCUUCUAUAGCUGCAAGCACUGCAAAACACACCUCGCCCUUUCUGAUGAUACUGUUUCGAAGUCUUUUCACUGCAGGCAUGGAAAGGCUUAUCUCUUUGAUAAAGUCGUGAAUGUCACAGUUGGAGAGAAAGAGGACCGCAUGAUGAUUACUGGAUUGCACACUGUUGUUGACAUCUUUUGUGUGGGAUGCGGAUCAAUUCUGGGAUGGAAAUAUGAGGCUGCACAUGAGAAAAGCCAGAAGUACAAGGAAGGGAAAUAUAUCCUCGAGAGGUUUAAGGUGUUGGGUCCUGAUGGAAGCAAUUACUACAUGUCAAUUCAUGAACCUCAAGUUGAUGGAAGCGAUGCUGAUGAUGCUUGAAUCCUAUUGAAAGUGACCGUCUCUUUUAAUUGCAAAUCUUUAGUUACUAUUGAUAUUUUUUUGUUUAAAAAAAAAAAUUGUGCACUUAGCUAAGGUGGGAUGGUUGAUGGGUGAGUUGGAUCAUGGAUGUAUAGCCUCUGUCCGGCCCACCCAAGAAAGAUGCAUGUAACAUGAAAGUAUAGCCUAGCAUUUAACUUGUUCCUUUUUGGGCUGAGAUGUAUCGUGGCCCAAAAAGAGUAUUUAUUUUAGCCUCCAAACUUGGGUUGGACUUGGACUUCCCCAAUAAUAUGUCCAAGUGUAGUCCUUUUAAUGGGAAUUUGACGAGAUCGCUUGAUAUUGUGCCCAAGAGAUAUGCAUGGAGUGGGCUUUAGGUGAGAGCUUCAAUCGCCAUUUUGGGGAGGGAAAAAAAAUAAAAGAGGGGGGCGGGGGUUUAUAGUGGAUCAAGAACUCCUAGAAUUUUUAAAAAUAUUUUAACCUUUGUGACUUAUUCAA